GAAAAAUAUUUUGGAGGAACAAUGGCAACAACAAGACAGAUCGUGGAACAGCCACAAUCGCCACUUAUUCAACGCAUCAAGAGCUCGGGGACCAUAAGCAUCAAUGGAAGCCCUAUGAAUGAUGACAAAGAAGAGGAGUUUUCACGCUCUUCUUUGGCUUUGUUUAAGGCAAAAGAAGAUGAAAUUGAGAGGAGGAAGAUGGAGGUUAGGGAUAGAGUCCAGUCAAAGCUUGGACUCGCUGAGGAAGCUACUAGGAGACUAGCCGAGAUUCGGGAAGAGCUGGAAUCUCUAACCGAUCCAAUGCGAAAGGAGAUAUCUGCGAUAAGGAAAAGAGUCGAUGCUAUUAACCGGGAACUCAAGCCUUUAGGACAGAGCUGUCAGAAAAAGGAGAAGGAAUUCAAAGAAGCACUUGAAGCUUACAAUGACAAGAACAAAGAGAAAGCUAUGUUUGUUAGCAAGUUAGUUGAGCUUGUUACUGAAAGUGAGAAACUGCGAAUGACAAAGCUUGAGGAACUCAGCAAAAGCAUUGACAUUUCGUUACACUAAUUAACACCAAGAUGAUGACAAUUAAAGGUUUCAAGAAAUCAGCCAGCUUUGCUACUUACUUCUGCACUUUUCUAAUUGUUUUGCUUGUCUUUGUGAUGAUGUCUUAUUUCUUGAUUUAGCAGAGAAGUAUAUUCAAACAUUGUAAGUCUAC